AUUUGACAACACGGAAGUAACAGCAAAACACCGCCAGGUUACAGAAAGCCUUUGCAGAGGAAAGAUGUCUCAUGCUGGGAAAAAGAGGAAAUUGGACAAAAGUAGGCAGGACAGCCUCUAUUUUGAUAGUUAUUCCGAUGUGACUAUCCACGAGGAGAUGAUAGCAGACCACGUCCGAACUAACACCUACCGGAUGGCGAUACUUAGAAACAGUGAAUCAAUUCGCGGGAAAGUUGUGCUGGAUGUGGGUGCUGGCACCGGCGUUUUGAGCAUGUUCUGUGCGCAAGCCGGUGCUAAGAAAGUGUACGCCGUGGAGGCCUGUUCGAUAGCCGAACAGGCUGUGAAAAUAGUGAAACACAACAAUAUGGAGGACAGAAUCGAGGUCAUUCGAGGAACAGUAGAGACUGUGAACCUCCCGGAGAAGGUGGAGGUGAUAGUGAGCGAGUGGAUGGGUUACGCUCUUCUGCACGAAUCCAUGCUCAAUUCCGUGCUAUACGCGCGCGACAAGUGGCUGAAACCCGGGGGCAUUAUUCUUCCAAGUAAAGCCGAACUCUACAUCGCACCCAUCUGCGACCCUGUGGCGGAGGACCGUUUACAUUUCUGGUACACCGUCAAGGACCAGUAUGGCGUCGACAUGUCAUGCAUGUGCGAUUUUGCCCGGAAAUGCAUCAUGAACUCUGACAUCACGGUCAACACGGUGACCGUGGAGGACGUGCUCUCCCACCCGGCUUGCUUCGCGGAGCUCGACCUCUACUCGGUCACCACGGAGGAGCUGCGGGCGGUGAAGGGUCACUUCAGGUGCGAGUCGUUCGGCUCAGCGGCCGUGAACGCCUUCUGUGUUUACUUCACGGUCACUUUCCCCUGCCCGGACAAACCGCAGGCGCUCGUGCUGUCCACGUCCCCGUUCAAACCAGAGACUCACUGGAAACAGGCGGUGCUGUACCUCGACUCUCCGAUGGAAGUGGUGCAGGACACCCUGAUAACCGGAGAGAUUAACAUGUAUCCCUCGGAGGAAAGUGCCAGACAUAUAUGCAUCCAUGUUGACUUCACUGUAGGAGAGCACAAGAGACAAUCCAAGACUUUUUCCAUCCCUGACUGGAGCUCAGAUCCUCAACCUUAAUGUGACACAACCAAUUUACCAUCAUAUUAAAAUGAACUUGGACUGAUGUCUGUUUAUCAUGAUCAUAUUUAAGAAGUACAAGAUCACAUUAAGCCUCACCUGCAAAACUUACCUGAGCUGCAGCAGAUAUAUGCAAUGACUUAAGAGUCUUGACUCAUUUCUAUUGGCCAAGAAACUUUCAAACAAAAGCAUCAUAGUUACUACAGUUUGAUGUGAAUAAGUUGGAGUUUUUGUUGUUUUUAUGUUUACUGUGCAUAAUAAACAGUUACUUGGAAGCUGAAAUGUGCACCUGUAGCAGCAUCUCUGGGAUUUUUUUUCUUUUAUCUUCAUAGACACUACCAACCAUCUCCAAUGUGUCUGUUGGUUUUUAGUGACUAUUUUUAAUACAUAAUCUUGCAGUGCUGUUGGACAUAUUGCAUUCGCAUAGGAAGCAAAUAUGUGUGCAGUAAUAAAGAGAUUUAUACAGUA